CAUAUUCGGGGGGGGGGAGGUGGAAGGAUUAAGGAGGAGAUGGUUUUAUGUAACACGCACGCACGCGCACGGAGGUGAAAAUCAAUACAUGACUUGCCAGCUUAGCGUCGAUGAUGAGGAUGAAGCUGCGUCACCAUGGCAACCCAUCACCUGACUGUUAGCCUGCUAGCAUCACGGCGCUUAGCGUGUGACGACGAGGGGUCACCGUGGGGUCAGGGAGGGAGGAGGCGCUGUCGUGGACCUGGUGCCGCUUUAUUAGGGACACCUGACACACUUCCGGCGUGUGGGGCGCUGAGCACGUCGCCGUGGCGGGCUUAUCUCUGCAAGCAGCAGGGGGCCGGGUGGUGAGGCCACAAGUGCCAGCAGUGUGUGUGUGUGUGUGUGUGUGUGUGUGUGUGUGUGUGUGUGUGUGUGUGUGUGUGCUGACACAAAAUGAUUCCAGUGCAGGAAUGUUAAGUCUGGAUUGACAGAUGGGACGACACUCACACAGCGUGUGCGUGCGUGCGUGUUGUCAUGACGACAAAGCAGGAGGUGUCACCUCUGUCAGGUGACAGUGUGAAGAACAUUCUAGAGCCGUCAAUCACACGCGCCAACGUGAUGUCAUCGGCCAAUGGCUGCGGGUGACGUGUGGGCGUGGUUGUGUCUGUCGGGCCGAGAUAAGCGGGCAUGCACACACACACACACACACACGCACACACACACACACACACACACACACACACACACACACACACACACACACACACACACACAGAGUAAGGUCACUGGCCUCGCGUACUCGUGUAACCAUGACAACAGCUGCAUCCCUCCACUUCCUGUCUGCACCGGUCACAUGAUGCCAGAGUGCAAAGUGCUGAGUCACACGUUCACUCUGAUGAGUCAUGAUGGCAACCUGAGCUUGUUCUAGAAGCUGCUGCCACCCUCUGCUGGUUCUGGUUCUGGUGGUUCUGGUUCUUGGGAAGCUUCCAUGAGAGGAAUGCCGGGACAUAUUUGCAGGUUGCUAGGCAACCACAAGCACCCGUCCAAUCAGCUGCCAGCGGCGUGAUGGAGGUGUUGUCCCAAAAUAGACCACCCACCAUCUCCCUCACACACGCACGCACGCAUGCGGGCCUCCUACGUGUCCCAGGAUCGGUCCAGCGUGGGCAGGAAGGAGGCGGAGCAACAACAUGAUGACUUUGCCUGUGAGGAAGUGACCAAUCAGCAGCCAUGAUGAUGCCAAAGAGACCUCAGACGUCUCCAGGGAGCGUGUUGUCUCUCAGAAGCUCCGGUGUUCCAGGAUCUCCUGCUGCCGCCAUCGUGGCCAGAGUGGAGGACGGAGUCAUCGGGUAUAAGGACUUGGCGGCCCUCCCGCGGGACAAAGCCAUCCUGGACAUCGAGAGACCCGACCUGAUGAUGUAUGAGGCGCACUACACCUACAGUCCGCUGGAGGCGUCGACGUCCUUGUCCUCUCGCUCCUUCUCUCCCCCCGCCUCACCUGAGAACCUCCACAAGGAAGCCAGAGAGUGGCUGGAGAGAUGUUCUCCUGGAGGUUCCUCGCCAAGUUCCAGCAGCAGGAAGCACAGCAGCAACACACCACCCUCGCCACACACACCACACACACAGCCUUCCAAGAGCAACAUGCAACACUUCCACACACCUGAGAAUGGCAGCAACAUCUACAAGAAGCCCCCCAUCUACAGACGAGGUAUGGCGACCUCUGCGCUUCCUGUAGGGAAGCACUUGGAGGACCUGAUCAUCGAGUCUUCCAAGUUCCCAGCCGCUCAGCCUCCAGAUCCAAACCUUCCCUCCAAGAUCGAGACGGACCACUGGCCAUGCCCUCCCUCCAUGGCCGUCACCGGUAGCAUCCACGUGCACUCCUCCAUCCUCCUUUCGUGUCCUUACCUCCUAUCCUGGUGCUGUCACGCAGAGAAAGAGCAUCGCAGGAGCGAGCCGAGGGAUGAGGAUGAGGACGGCAAGCUGGACGAUGAAGUCUGGGCUUUGCGAGCUCUUCGCAGAAAAGAACUGAACAAGAUCCAGUCCAACCUGGGAAGAAUCAUCCUGAAGGAGGAGAUGGACACGACCUCAGCACCUCUUAGGAGGAAGACCCGCUCCCUGCCGAACCGCAGCCAGCACGCAGCUCCAGUCAGCAGACUUCAGCUCGUCACAAAAGCCCGCCUCAGGUGUUCAGGUAGUGAUUGUGGUCCUCAUUGUGCGUCAUGUCGGCCAUGUUGUGGUGAUGUUUGUGUGUUUGUGUGUCAGAAUGGAGACUCCAGGAUGGACCGAGGUAACUCCCUGCCCGCCAUGUUGGAGCUCAAGAUUUAUCCGUAUGAGACACUGGUGGUCCACCACAGAGGGCGGAGCAAGCUUCCUCCUGGCGUGGACAGAACACGGCUGGAGAGACACCUGUCACAGCACGAGUUCCUCAGCGUGUUCGGGAUGAGGCUGGAGGACUUUGAGCAGCUGUCUCUGUGGAAGAGGAACCACCUGAAAAAGAAGGUGUGUCUCUUCUGACUCCCAGAGACACGCCCACUCCCCCUUGCUGCAGAUGUCUCAGAAGGCCACACCCCCCUCGCCAUCGCCACCAAGACACAAACCUUUUGUAACCGUUCCCUUUAGGAAGGACAAAGACGGACGUAUAAAAGCAAUAAGGUCUUUUAUGAUGUCAUCACAUGACCACCAGCAGAGGCCUUGCUAGGGGCGGCCAUGAUGCUUUCUACCGCACGUCACGUGACCCAAGCCACCACGACAUGCGUCCAAUCAGACUGCUCGGAUCGCGUCCUUACACCUGCUACGAUGCAUUCGCCAAGGUGAAAGGUCACCGCUGGAAGUCGUUUUCAACUUUUGAUGAGUAGCUGCUGCUCUUCAGCUAAUUAGCUUAGCAUAGCGGCAGGCAGCCAUGUUUAUUCAUGAACACGUGGCUCUAUAUCAUUCAUAUCUAGUCAAUAAAUGCUAUUCAUGGGCGUGAUCUAACAUAUCCUUUGUUAUGCUAGCAUUACUGCCUCUUGUUUUGCUGCCAGUGUUGCCUAGCAACCAUGUGAUCAGCACUAACGUCAUCAAGGUUGGACUAUGAAAAGUGGAGGUUUUGUUUUCUUGCCGUGUUUGUGAUGAAUGACUUUGCGUCAACUCGCCAGCCGCAUGCGUGACGUCAUCUUUGAGUUGCCACAACUAAUAAACGCAGAACGCAUCCAAGGUCAAACAUGUUUAUUAUUAUUGUGCUUUUCUACUCCAAGGUACAUCUCAUCACGUCACCACAGCGCCGCCGCCCCCUGGCGGCCAAAGCGCGCGCUGCAGUCUUCAGCCCACCACCUGCGGCCACGUGACUUAUUCAAGCCUUUUGGCGCGCCUCCAGCAAAAGCAAAAAAGUACCUGAAAUAUGUACACCCAGCUACUUAGUCAAUAACUUAAACAGGUGAGUCGUAGGUCACGUGUCUGCACAUGAAGGUCAAACACAGCUCGCGUGAAGGUCACGCGACAUCACGCGGCAGCUUUGCUCUCCCAUUCCUGUGGCAGAAACACGCUUGUUCACACUGAAACGAGACACGUUCAGAAAUGAUUCACGUCACACCACCUACCUUUCUCCUCUGGAAAACCUUCCCAUGCUCAAUGAGCAACGACGAAGGACUUCUCCUCAGUGAGCUCUUCACAGAAGCUGUCCGCCGCAGGAACGGGUUCAGGAGACUUGCCUGGACCAGCAGAGACCGGGAGACCAGCAGGUGACCAGUAAGCACCAGCAGAGACCAGGUGAGACCGACGAGAACAGCAAACACCAGAAGAAACCACAAGAGAUUAAUAGGCGACCAGUAAAGACCAGCAAGGAACAACAGAGACCAGUAUGUGACCAGUAAAGACCAGCAGAGACCAGAAGGAACCAGCGAAGACCAACAGAAACUGGCAGGGACCCGUAAAGACAACCAGUACCAGCAGAGUCCAGGACAGACCAACAGAGAACAGAAAAGACAGUAGGUGCCCAGUAAAGACCAGAGGAGAGCAAGAAAGAUUAGCAGAGACCAGGAGAGACCAGCAGGGUGCAGCAAAGAGACCAGGAGAGACCAGCAGGGUGCAGCAAAGAGACCAGGAGGGAGCAGUGCAAGUGAAAGGUUCAUGUUUACAGUUGAUGAGAAUGAAUACGAUGACAUCACCACUCAAGUGGCGAGAGCGUUGCGCUAGCUAGCAUGCUAUAAAGGAUGAUUAGCGUCAACUGAUGUGUCAAUCACCUGCGCUCGCUCGCCGCACACGGCCAGCGACUGCCUAAAAGCCGAGCGUUUGUUCUGCUUGGUUGCCAAGUUGACCUCUGACCCCACCCUCAUCGGGACGCCUUUCCUGGCCGCCAGCUCCAACUUCUGAACGCCGCGCUGUGUCUCGACCCACUUCCUGUCUGCAACAGCGCACAGUUUGUUUACAGUCAGCCCCUGUUAGCACUAGCGGCAGCUGUCAAGCUAGCCGCGAGGUGGGCGGAGCCCGCUAACUCACUGUGCCUGCCGAGGUUGGUGUACGUCGCUGGGUCGCCGCAGCGAGCAUCCCGAGAGCUGUGAAGCUGACACCACAAAAGACGUGACGCGAGGCGUGCCAGUCGAAAGUCAGGGUUGAGGUGAAAGGUGAAAGGUGAAAGGUCAGGUACCAUGUGCUCCAGCAGGGAGGUAUUGGAGUAGACGGGCUGGUGGGAGGGGUCGUCCAUGUACAUGUUUGCCUGCGGCCCGCUGAGGACCACAACCGUCAGUGUCAGUCGUCCUCCAUCGCCAUGGCGACACUCCCCCGACCUACCUGGUGUCCCUGAGAGCGACGCCCGGCUGCUGCCGUGCCUUGUUGCCGUGGUAACCGGCCGCUCCGUCCCUCAGGAGCCGCAUCCACCGCUGCUUCUCAUCCGCCGAGCUCACCUGCGACAGUGUGGCUCACGCUCAGCUCGCCUGAACACCCACUUCCUGUUUGCAUGGCUUCCUGUCUGACCCUCACCUCCAGCACCGCCACCUGAUCGCCCAGCGUGCUCAGCGUGAUCCUCUGCGAGCGCUCGCCGUCGGGCCCCGCUUUGACCUCACAGCCACGCAGCGGGACCGUGUACUGGGGUGGGCGCCGCCCCCUCCAAGACUCCUCUUCCUCCUCGUCCUCACCAAACAUGUUGAGAAGCCCCGCCUCCACCUGACACAGCAGACUCUGCCAUUGGCAGUUCAUCAGCACGUUCAGGAAGCCUAGCCAAUAGAAAAUAAAUAACAAUGUCAUUUCAAAAUAAAAGUCAAUUCAAGAACAUUUCAUUCAACUAAAUGACAAAAUAGAAUUUUUAAAA